AUGUCAACCGUACCAUCACCGUCCGAUAGAUCUGAAGCAGGGCUACGAAAGGAUAUUUCCAAGUUCGAAGACUACAAGAAUAGAAAGAUUGGCAGUCAUUCACAAACCUCUCAACGGCUGCAAGGAGUCAUUACGAAAAACAGUACCUGCAAUUUUGAGGCCAACCGAGGUCUCCUCAGCGUCGUUUCACAAUAUCAUAUUUACCCCCCUAUGGAUACGACGGGCGCGGGAUGA